GUCGUGUCUUCGAGAAAUCUGUCCUAAAAAGGCACCAGUACAGUGUGGACUUCUAUGUCCGCGUUAAUGCUCAUUUUGUCUUUCUACCUGUUCACCUAGGGCGGGACAAACUGGACGUUAUUCCGUUUUUGUGUCAGGAGGAACUCGACGCUUUUCUGGCGAGCUUCGCUUGCUACUUAGCUUAGCAUGCUAGGUAGCUUGCUAGCUGCUAGCAGAGAGAGGCGGAAGUGUGGCCAAAUAGCGAUGACGUGUGCGAGUGAAAAUGUCACGUGUGACGUACAAACUGUGAUGCGUGGAAAUGUGUGACGUACAAAUGCUGCCAGUGUGGGGGAAUCAAGUGAGUAGUUGAGGAGGAACUUUGUCCAACUCAAGUGGAGAAGGAGCCACAACCAUCAACGACUGGACGCAGUGUCACGCGCAUCAGGAGUGGACCACCAGGAUGGAUCAGUGGGUACCACAGCCCCUCCCACGUUAAAGAGGAAGACCUCAGCAUCCGUCUCUUGGAGGAGCUUGAUGUCAACAAGAUGCCAGUGACUGGUGUGCUUGUGAAGGGUGAAGAUGAUGAGGGGAGAGAGGAAAAGCCUCCAAGCAGCAGCUCAGCUCAACACAUGACAAGAGAAGCUGAUGGAGACCACAGUGGAGGACCACCAGCAGACAAGAUCUUAGCCCCACAAUCAAGGUCACACUCUCCUGACUCUGAUGGAGACCACAGUGGAGGACCACCAGCAGACAAGAUGUUAUCUCCACAAUCAAGGUCACACUCUCCUGACUCUGAUGGAGACCCCAGUGGAGGACCACCAGCAGACAAGAUGUUAUCUCCACAAUCAGAUAGUGACGACACGACGUCACAAUCCCCCGACUCUGAUGAUGAAGAUACUAAAGCACACUUGACAUGUUGUCACUGUGAUAAAACUUUUCAUCGUCGUCGUAACCUGAAGAGACACAUGAGAAUACACACCGGAGAAAAACCAUACAUGUGCUCCGUUUGCAGUAAAAGAUUCUCUCGGAAGGAAGAUGUGAAAAUCCACAUGAGAGUACACACUGGGGAGAAGCCCUUUGACUGUCCUUUUUGUGGGAAAGGUUUCAAACAGAAUAAGCAUCUGAAAAUACACAUAAGAAUACACACGGGAGAAAGACCCUUUUCUUGUUCAAUCUGCAGCAAAGGUUUUACACAAAGCCACUGUUUGAAAGUACACAUGAGAAUACACACUGGCGAAAAACCAUAUUCCUGUUCGAGCUGCGACAAAAGCUUUGCUGACCGAUCGACACUUGUCAAACACAUGAGGACACACACGGGUGAGAAGGUGUUGAGUUGCAGUGUGUGUGGUGAAAGCUUCUCCUAUAAGUACCAGUGGAAGAAACACAAGUGUGCUGCUGACAACAGCAGCAAAUGAUACAUAUAUGUAAGUACCAGUGGAAGAAACAAAGCAGCAAAUGAUACAUAUACGGUACAUAUAUAUUAGGGGUGUAAUGGUACGUGUAUUUGUAAUGAACCUUUUCGGUUCGGAGGUGUACCGAACAAGUUUCCACACGAACAUACUAAGUAGCCGCCUCCGCUUCCUUCUGCCUCUGUUUCUGUCAGUACUCUUCACAGCACCCAGCAUUGUCCCACCCACACAACCAUCUGAUUGGGUACAAACAGAGCGGUAACAGCCAAUCAUCAGUGCGUAUUCAGAGCGCAUGUAGUCAGUACUUAGCGUUUAGCAGGUAAGCAUCAGGCAGCGGACUCUCCCCAAAUUAUAAUAAACACCUUCCAGUCAACUACUAGUAACAUUACUAUGAGCCCGUUGACCUUCUAGAAAUAUAAAAAAAACAGCUCAGCUCGCCCGCAGUCCUGGCUUGAGGUGAAGGCUAAUUCGCUUUUAGCGUAACGUUAGCUCAUUUUGCGGUGUGUGUGUUACGGACAGCAAAGCCCUGUCUGUCUGUUCUUUCACCUUACCUUUUUCUGUGUUGAUUGAGCUGUGUUGAAGCAGCAAAAAAGGACAUUAUGUUAAAUGAAGAGUUUCUGUCUCUGAUAGUUGAUAUAAUAAUGUAAGUGCAUCAUUAAGCCUCCAUGAACUCCAUGGUGUUCAG